CUUUGCCCUUUCAUAAGUUCGAUUUAAUCAAACCAAAAUACUCCUCACCUCCGGCCUCCUCGAUGACCCUAACCGGAGCCUCUCGCCGCCGGCGAGCGCCCCGUCCCCCUCUCUCGCUCCUCGUCCUCGUUCUCCUCCUACUUGUCUCCUCCCCACCUCCACGCGCUUCCGCGCUCCGCAUCCCACUCCGCAAUCUCACCACCCUCGUCUCUCUCUCCCACUCGCUCCUCUCCCGCGUCGCCGCCACCCGCGCCGCCCGUGGGGACGCCGCCGCGGCCGCACGUGCCCGGCGAAUAGCCUCCCUUAUAUCGUCCCGUGGCGCGUGGGGACUCGGCUGGGACUACCUCCGGCACUACGCCUUCUCCUCGGCCACCGGGUGCGGCCUCUCCUGUGCGGCCGCCGCCUCCCGCCUCCUCGCCGCCGCCGCGGAGGCUUCGCGCCUACGUUCCACUACUGACGCCGCGCAGUGGAUGCGCCGCCACUACGGGGACGUCCGCGAGGCCGCCGCGGAGAUCCUCAACGGCCUCCUCGUCGCCUUCUCCGAACAGGGGCCGUUGAGAGAGGUGGUGAUGGAUGUGAAGUGGGAGGUGGAGGAAGGGGGGUUGCUGAAGGAUUGCCUGGAGGUGGGAGCAAAGGAUUUGCAGGGUUUGCUUGUCAUUGCCAAAGAUCUCUUAGCCGGUGCUUCAAGGGCUUCUUCACGGCACAGCGAACUCUGAGUCACAAUUCACAGCACACUAAUCAAACAUGGAGCACAGAGAGAAAGUACAGAAUUUGGGCUGUGUCCUGCAAUGUUCAUGAAUGCAUCAGAUCCAACGAUCUUAUAUUCUUAUUGGUCCACUCCCACGACAUGGAAGUUUGUCUGUUUGGUGAUCCUACCUGCAGCACAGUUGUCUAUAUGUCAAGUUGUCUUAUGGUCUUCAACAAGACAUCAUUUACAAACAGGAAAAAAGUUACCCAGUAUUUACUGAGUACAUUGAUGACAAACUAAUACUACUGAUAUCUUGAAGGGCAUUGAGAUAUUUUGCUUCCAAAAUCUGAUGUUUUGCAGCCGGAGUAAAAGUGCAUGCCAAAAUGUCUGAAAAAGUGAAAGUGAUAUUCAUUUCAUAAAAUCACAGCUCAUUAGUCGACAAGUUUAAGCAGAAUCCACCGGACAUCAGCCGAGGGACCACAUUAUGGUGGAAAGUGUUUCGCCAGGAGACCCAAAAACACAAAGGAUAUGGUGAAUGCCCAUGUAAACUUAAGACAUCUUACCUUCAGGGAUAAAACAAAUAGAGGCAAAUUCGUGGAAAGAAUUUUUUUUCAUUCUAUGGAAUCGAUGGGACUAGUGAUAAAUUUGAAACAAAAAGCUACUCCAACAAAGGAUCUGGCAGAGAAUAGAGCUACAAUUGUAUUAUUAUUAUUGGUUGUUGACAUAUUUUUUGUGUUAAACUGAUUUGCUUGUCUAGUGCCUUCUUGAUUGUUGUUGUACCGCUGCAGCUGUAGCCAUGUUGGCAACCCGUCGG